AUGGCAGGUGGUAAAUCGAUCGCUGUCAAUAUUCGUGAGCGUGAAAACGAGGAAGACGAUUACCGACGACCUGCGAUCUUGGAGGAAUCUGACAAGGGAUCGAGCUCGGAAGCUGAUUCUGACGACCAAGAGAGCGACGACGACGACGAAAGCAGCGAUGAUGGAGCUGAGGAUGAUGAAGCCACCUUGCUGACACCAGCUGUCGACUCGCAGAUCUUAAAGACAAUCGCCGCUAUUCGCACAAAGGAUGCUCGUGUCUACGACUCGGAUCAAAAGUUCUUCACCGAUGAGCAGUUUGAAGAGGCACAAAAGAAGUUGCAACAAAAGGAGCGUGAGGCACAAAGGAAAAAGUACACCCUCAGAGAUUACGAAGAUGAAGUCAACGUGGAAUAUGGUGGUGUUGUACCUGAAGACAAUGAUGAAUCCACCGAGACAUCGACCAAGAUCAAGACGCAUCAAGAAGAACAAGAUGAACUCAAGAAUGCUUUCAAAAUGGCAGCAGGCAGUGAUGAGGAUGAUGACAAUGAGGAUGGCUUUUUGCAAAAGCGUGAAAAGACCGAAGAUGAGAUCAAGGCUGAGGAAGAGGAGUACAGAAAUUUCUUGUUGGCCAAUAUCUCGAAUGAUAAAGCAUCUUCCGAAGCAUUUAAGGAAUGGACAGACGUGAAGGCAAAUGCCAAGGUGAACGAGGACGAUGCGUUCUUGAUGGAUUUUGUCCUUAACCGUGGUUGGAUGGAUACUGGAAAGUCGCAACCCAAGGCAGAUGAUAAUGGCGAACAAGUUGAUAUCGACGCUGAUGAAGAGUAUCUCGAUGAAGUGGAUCGAUUUGAGAGUAAAUACAACUUCCGCUUCGAAGAAGAGGGAGGUGCCAAUAUCAUUACCCAUCCACGUAAUAUCGAAGACUCGGUUCGAAGAAAGGAGAGCAAACGCCAACGUGAGCGCGAGCGUAAGAAGGCAAAGAAGGAAGCCAAGAAGAAGGAAAAGUUGGAGGAGCUUGCUCGUCAGCGAAACAAGAAAUUGAAGGACAUUAAGGAUCGCCUCAAGGAAAUCCAAGAUAUCACAGGAACUGAUAUUGUGGGAUUGGAGAACGUUGAUCUUGACGCUGAUUUUGAUCCUGAAAAGCACGACGCUCAGAUGGCUGAAAUGUUCAAUGACGACUAUUACAACAAAGAAGAUACCGAGAAGCCUACAUGGGAUGAUGAUAUCGAAGGUGUGGAUGAUGUCAACUACGAUGAUGACGAGGAUAUUAUGAUGGAUGCGGAUUAUCUCCCUGGUGGUGCCAAAUAUCAGUCAACAUCGGAUAAUACAGCUGAACAAGCAUCAAGCAGCAAAAAGGAGCUCAAGAAGGAAGUCGAUGAUUUGUUGGAUCAGUAUUAUUCAUUGAACUUUGAAGACAUUAUCGGUGGAGAUUUGCCAACCAGAUUCAAGUAUCAAAAGACUGAAGCUGAAGACUAUGGCCUGUCACCUAUGGAAAUUUUGUUGGCUGAUGACAAAGAACUGAACAAAUACGUUGGUCUCAAGACAAUGGCACCAUAUCGCAACGAGCAAAAGAAACAAUAUGAAAAAAGGAUGUUCAAGAAGAACAAGAAACGGAAGUUACGAGAGCUCCAGAAGCAUUUGCAGCAUCAAGGUUUUAAUGUUCGACACGAUGACAGGAAAAAGCGGAACGAAAAGAAUGGGGAUAAGAAGGAAAAGGAUACCAAAAAGCGUAAGCAUGAUUCUGUGUCCCCAGAAGGAGAAGACAAGCAUCAGAACAAGAAGACAAAGGCAAAUUAG